AUGCACAUCGUCAGUGACGUCAUGUUCUAUGCACAGAACAUUGGAGCAGUCCUGGGACUGCUGUUAGGCUACAUGGGUGAUAUGUACGGACGUCGCCCGCUGCAGUUGGCCUGCGUGGUGAUGCACGUCGUCAGCAGGGUGAUGAUGCUGUUCACACCGUCUCUGCUCCCGCUGUUUGUCGUGGCGGAGUCGCUGGUGGGGGGCGCUGGAGGCGUCAUGCUGGAGUCGGCGAUAUCUGUAGGGACGGAACUGACGGAUAUCAGAAACCGCUCUUGUAUCAAUUGCGUGGCAUGCAUUGGUAUACCUAUAGGAUUGGUGUCCGCCUGCUUCUGUGUUCAGAUGUUUCCCAGCUGGAAGCACUCCUUGCUUUUUGCAGUACUGUGCUGCCUUAUAUUACUACUCUUCUGCAGGUGGUUCCCCGAGUCGCCGCGCUGGCUGACGUGCAGGGGGCGCGAGGAGGAGGCGCUGAGCGUGCUGCGGCGGGUCGCGGCCACCAACGGCUCCAGCCUGCCGCCGUUCACCCUGCAGGUGCUGCACCGCGUGGCCAAGGCCAAGCGGGACCGCGUCGGCUACCUGGCCAUCUUCUCCAGCUGGAACCUCUUCAGGAACACCCUCCUGCUCGUCAUUGCCAAGUCCCUGUGCUGGAUGACGAUGUUAGCGCUGGUACUGAGCGUGGGCAUCAUCAGCGUGAACCCGCUGGUGGCGGUGUCUGCUCAGGCCGUGGCGCAGGUGGCGUCUGUGUUGCUGCAGCACUACUGUGGGAUCCACUUCGGGCGCCGGUGGUCCAGCGUCGCAUGUCUGGCGCUGGUCGGCCUCCUGGGUGCACUCUGUGUCGUACUGCUCACAGUUGGUGUUCCGAGUGUCGCCAUGGCAGUGGUAUUGAUGGUCAUGCAGUUCUGGUUGUCGGCUGGUGGAAGUGUCAUCAACCUUCAGAGCAUCGAGGUGCACCCCACGUGUCUGCGACAGAUCACCGCCAGCGUAGAGUGCGCGGUUACUGGUGUUUGCACGUCUCUUGUCCCGUACAUCGUCUUUCAGGGAGGCUCGGUGGACCGUAGGCUGCCGUUCGCCAUCUUGUCAGCGAUGCACCUGCUGGGAGCGCUGUCGGUGUCGUUCCUGCCGGAAACUGCGCUGCAGAGGCUGCCGGAGUCUCUGCAGGACGCCGCCGAGUUUGGCAGAGGGCGUCCCUACUGGAGCUGGAGACUCAUCGCCCCGCCGUCAUACGUUCAGGGACAAUAGGCGCCCUCAGUUGCGGUCCAGUCUCCCAUUUUGUCUUACAUACUUCAAACUGAAGAACAACUUGUCUACUGAAGUGGGAAAAAAGCUUUAACUCUAGUAUUGUACAUAUUGUAAAUUGUCGCACGAAGUACGCACCAGAGUCGCAGUAACCCUUAAUGAU